AUGAUUGGAAAAAGUGAAAAGGACGGCUAUGUGGGGAAUUUCUUGGACAUGAAUCCCGGCGGCCUGUCCCGCUACCCCGGGAUGUCCGUUUCCGGUAUAGGCAACAGCUCCUCUUUGACCAUGAUGCCGUCACUGUUUGGCGAUCAGAACUACUACCGCCACGCGGCGGCCGGAUAUGGCGGCAUGGCGGCUGUCGGGGGGAUGGGGAUGUAUGCGGGAACCAGCGCGGCGGACCAGUACUCCAUGACGCGGCACACACCAUACUCGCCGUACGGACCCCCGCACCACAGCACCAAGGACAUGGUGAAGCCGCCAUACAGCUAUAUUGCCCUCAUUGCCAUGGCCGUCCAGAGUCAGCCAGACAAAAAAGUAACGUUGAACGGAAUUUACCAAUUUAUCAUGGACAGAUUUCCAUUUUAUCGCGAAAAUAAACAAGGCUGGCAGAACAGUAUACGUCAUAAUUUGUCACUGAACGAAUGUUUUAUAAAAGUUCCUCGGGAUGAUAAGAAACCAGGAAAGGGUUCAUAUUGGUCCCUACAUCCGGACAGCUACAACAUGUUUGAUAACGGGAGUUACCUUCGCCGCCGCCGACGGUUCAAGCGCCCAGACAAGGAUAAGGACGAUGCGGCUGUGGACGGCGGAGAGGCGCGUGUAAAGGAGGACUGCUCCGAGGAUGAAGCCGAUGACGGCACCACUGAGACAUCCGGUCACCAGAAAUCUUGUGAUCCGUUCAAGAAAACGGAGAUUUCGGAGAGUCUGAAGGAAGAGAACCCACCCAAACCGGACUUUGAAAAUGUGAAAUCCUCACUUAAAAGUUGCGAACUAGAAAAUAUAGUAUCUGUAAAGCUUGAUAGAAACAUUAUAAGAGUAGAUUCUAGUCCGACGACACUGCCGCUGGCCGGUGAGCAGAUCCACACAGACACGCCGGUGUCGUCGUUUUCUGUGGAAAACUUGAUGACAAACCACGUCACUGACUUGACGUCGGCCAAUUCUUUCCUGAACGGACGUAAUGCCGCGCACCUGCUGACACCACCCGUGUUACAGUGUUAUUCCCGUCCGUCGGAUAUGUAUCGGAAUACAAGUGUCACCUCCCCGCCUACCGGAAAUUACGGUUACUCCGGGAACUUUGGUUCACAAGCGUUGUUUCAGUCUUCAAUAAUUUCUCCAUGCCGUUCAACGCUAACAUCUAGUUUGACCCCGACGGAAGAGGGAACCAACGAAAGCGGAAACUCUCCUCAUCCUACACCUGGACCGGCGCACUCUGGCUCACUAGCCGGAAGUAGCACACACCAGUCAUCUCUACCUCAGGGAAACGCGUUCCUCCCCAGCAUGUUUAGCGCCUCGCAGGGCGGACAGAAUUAUUCCCGGAACGCCUGGUACGUUCCGCCGACGGAUUUUCCGACGGCGACCCACUUCAGCAUGUUUGACUCUCAGAGACAUUUAGAUCCCCAGUCGCACACUCCGUCGUCGGCGGCGGCGGCGUCGAGCUGCCAACUGGCCGCUUUCCGUUCUUCAUUCAAAGGCUCUGGACAGUAUCCAUGUGACUAUGGUAAAUUUUAGAGUAGAAACUGUUUGUCGUGUUUACGGUUUCCGUUUCUUGUCACGUGGUUCAUUUUAAAAAGUGGACACCGACGGUAGUAAAAGCAUGCCAGUGAUAAUUUGCAGAAACAAAGACAUUUUGUAAAGUCAUUACAAAAUUAAUAUUAUCUUGAACAAUUUUACAAUUUGCAAUAAAUGUAUAGACAGUGUGUUUGAAUAAUUGUUAUAAUAUUAUACAUGUGAA